CGUCUUUUACCCAGCGGGAUCGAUCCGUGGCAUGGCUCGCCGACUCUGCCGUCUCCCUCGCCUCCUCCUCCCCCUCGCCGCCGCCCCCAGGCCCCAGCCCCGCCUCCCCGCCCUAAACCCUAGCCCCGCCGCUCUCCUCCGUCCCUCAUCCUCCCCGACGCCGACGCCCUCCUUCCCCGCCUUCCCCCGCCUCUUCUCCUCGUCAUCCGCAGGCGAUUCCAGCAUGGUGGUCGUCGGCUCGGCGGACUCCUUCGAGGACAUCCACGCCAAGGUGCAAGUGGAGAAGCUCCCCGCCGUCUUCUACUACACGGCGGUCUGGUGCGGGCCGUGUCGGGCGAUGGCACCUGUGAUCGAGAAGAUGAGCAGGCAGUACCCCAAGAUACCAGUCUACAAGGUCGACAUCGACAUGGAGGGACUUGGGACCAGACUUAGUAACCUGAAAAUAUUCUCUGUCCCAACUUUCCACUUCUAUCACAAAGGCGAGAAGAGCAGCGAAGUGGUUGGUGCUGACGUGAAGAAGCUUGAAGCUGCCAUGGAAAGUCUUCACAAGCAACAGUGAAGUUGACUUGGAGUGGGGGACAGUUCUUUUGCAUGAAGAGUUGGAGAGGCUGUAAUGCUUGUGAUUUGCGUGUUUGACAUGGAAACUUCCGCCUUACGAUCUUGUUUCGAUAUCUGGAUACACACUGGCCGCAAAACAUCGAUAUCUGGAUUUAUGCCACGCUUGAGCACAGCUUUUGUGCAAUUUCUGCACGUCUAUUUAGGAGCAUCUGUGAUUAUGAAUC